AUGAAUGGAAAUUUAAAGAAAUACCGCAAGUUGUCGCCGUGGAUCGUGCAUAACCCCUCUUGCGCCAAAAGUCACCGAAACCCCGCAUUAUCUUCGCGCUGUGCCCACGGCAGGCGGUUAGCAAAUCAAAAAAAAAAGGGAAAAGCCAAUUAUUAUCAUUUAUUUAUUCCGUCGGAGGAAACAACGAAAAGGAAGGAAAAUCAAAAGAAACUGCGGAUAAUACCGAUUGCUUUGCCCGUUACUGGUGGUUUAAUUGUGGUCAUAAGGCACCAAAUACGGAAGGAGCCGCAGCGCCCUUGA